AUGGCAGAUGGCCAGAAACAAGAGACGCGUAGCGGUGAUAGGCUCCCCUGGAAUCGGGAAGUCCUUCCCGAUUCCAUCUCCAUUUUCUACUUCCUACGCUGCAAAGAGCUGGAGGUCUGUCAGAACCACUACGUGAUCGACCCGGAUAGGGCUGAGGACGGCAAAGUUGAGUCGGUGAGUGCCAACACAAUCAUCGCUCCUUCUCCUGACGUCAACCACCUGGGUGAGUUCCGAAAGGCGCGGGGUUUAGUCAAACUUUACAUGGCGCCACUAACUCUGGAAGAGACGAUGGUUUACGCCCCGUACUUUGGCGUCGAUGAGCAACGAACUACACAGCUUUUUCAGGAUUUUGGUGGCGUCCUCCGGAAAGUGCUGGCGACAGAAGCUGAGGUCAAGGAUCUACGAAAGGGGAGGGAAUCGGCAGUAGGGAACAAGGGACUUGUGAGAACGUUUUUCGACUCUGGUGGUGUACUGCAUCACAGCCAGGGGGCAAAACCGUUGAGCCAAGUGUUUCUCAUUGUCCCCUCCGAAGAAGAUCCCACGGAUUACCAUGUGGAGUUUGCGGGAAGUGGGUCAGAGAAUGCCUUGGUCAACAAGUUUGAGACGGAGCUCAAGACCCUGUUGAAACCCAUGCAGCAGGGCUCGCAGCUUCUGGACGACAUCUUCGAAUCUUUCGCUCACAACAUUCUCAGCAGUGGCGGCUCUUUCCACAUCCGAAUGCUGGGUUCGAGAGCUCCUGUUUUUUCGGCAACCCUAAAGCCGUCCCACAGGCAAAAGGUCAACGGAGAGCUAGAGCUACUCGAGCUCCUCAAUACAGCUGCGAGCCAACCGAACACUUACUGCACAGCCAAAAAGGAAACGGCAGUCAUCGACGCAGGCUUUCUCGAUAAGAGUGGGACCUUGCAUGCCUUUCAGAUAACAACAGGCAAAAGCCACACGUUCAAGUCGCACAAGAUGAAUGACGCGCUAGCCAACAUGAGCAACCCUCCAAAAAGGAUCAAACUGUAUUGGGUGGUACUUGCAGAAGCAUUCUUUGGCUUUUCAAGAAAGCCAAUGGCCGGUAACAUCAACCGCAUCACAGUCGAAGAGACAGUUCUAAGUCUCAGCGAUCCAAAAAACCCACUUUCCAAAGAGAACCUCGAACAAAGACUCAACGAGCUUCCGAGCGAGAAGACCAAGCUUAGAGAAGGACUCACACGAAGGCUGAGCGCCUGGCGGAGCAAGCCACAGCUUGACUCGAUAACAUCUAAAGACGAGCUCGCAAAGGCUCACGCACUGGUGACCUUUGAAGAGAGUCACGUCGAGGAUUUGUGCAAGAAGCUUGGGAUCUGGCAACAAGCGGAGCGGCUCAAGCAACCUGUCAGAAAAUGGACAGAACUGGUGGAAGCUCUGAAACCUAUGCCCGACUGA